AGUAAAGUUCCAGGUACUUCUAUAAAUGUCUUCAGAAAUAAACAUCAGAAACCAAAAUCUACCAAAUUCAUACCUUUGGAGAUCAAAAAAAAGGAAACACUUGAUGUGGUCCAAGAACUUCAGGCAGCAUACAAAAGGAUUUGUUUUCCCAAGGACCGUUCCAAAAGUGGACCUUCUGAGGAGCUGCCACAAUGGACUGCUUUCAAUGAGCCACACAUUUUUAGUAUAAAAACAAAACACAAGGAGCCUAUAGAUCUAGUUGUGAAAGAACAAGUUAAACUGGAUAAAAUAGUGACUAAUAUUGAAUCAGUGAGUAAAGAAAUGGAGAAAGAAAAGCAAUUGCACCAUGGGAAAACCAGAAAGCUGGACUCCUUUUCUGCCUUCCCCAUCAUCAACCUUGGCCUGCAUUUACGACCCAAGACCUCCUCUUCCGUGGGGCAGCUGAAAGAGCAUGACAGAACAUUCUAUGAUUGGAGAGGAUCUGUGUCAAAAAGGUUCUCCCGUUUGACUCCUGAUUCCAGUUGGCCUAGUUUCUCUGGAUCAUCAUUAGCAUUUCAGGAUUAUUCUAGUAAAAACUUUAUGAAAAAAGAACAACAAUCUGUAAAACCAGAAUCAAAGCCACAGCCCAGCCCCAAAUCCAUUGUUAGUAAAAGUGAUAAAAUUGACAAUAAAGUUAAAAGAAUUGGACCACACAUAGAGAUCUUCCAAGUGUUCCGGGGAAGAAAAAAAUUUGCAAUAACCAAAAACAUAAUUAAAAUGGUCACCGUCAUGCAGGCACUUGUCAGAGGGUGGCUCGAACGCAAAAGAUUCCAAAGAAUAAUGACAAAGGCUUUGUAUCAUGGACCAGACUUGAGGACAGUUAUAAAUAUGUACUGCAGACAAAUCCAUCGUGUUAAAUAUCGACUUGGUCUUUGGAGGACAAGACAAAUCAUAAACCUUACAGAGUUGGAGGAAUGGAUGGACAGAAAAAAAUUCUAUGAAACAAUGUUUGCUAAAAGAGAAGACUGGCAAGGGUUAGAAAGAAGUGAACUCCUGAAGUUCUUCAAUGACUGUGGUCAUUUCCCAACCCAACUGCAAACUGGUGAGGUUUGGGGUCUGGUCCAUAGAGAAGACCAUGAAAAAUACUCUAAUAUCAUCAAGAAGCACAAUGCAAUUGAAAUGUUAUUUACACUCUACCCUCCUCAAGGUGCCCAUGUGUCUACUAAUUUGAGGCUUAGGUCAACUUGGCUGAGACCCAUAGUAAAUGGGGAAGAAGGAUAUAAGUAUAUAGUAAGUGGGCAUCCAGUACUCAAAAGAGCUAACAUCCGGAUUGUUGGGAAGCUGGUGGCCACAUCUAUAAGAGAGAGGAAAAUGAGACAACGACAAAACCACGAGCACCAUGCAAGGCAUAACGAGGACCAAGUAUCCACUUCCCAGCUAGCGGGAGUGAACGCUGCUACCCUGCCGGUUGCAGAACGAAAGCCGCCCUAUUCCUCACGCCUCUUGGGUAAAGUUGUCAAGGUCACCAACAGCCUGCAGCCCUUAAGCGAUUGCUUCGCUUUCUCACCUCUUGCGGUCCAGAGCAGCACCUCGCUGCUCCCGGCCCUCCCCAUCAUCCAGACCGGCCCAAGUCCUCGCUGCGCACACCUUCAUCUUUCUGAGAUGCCCCACUGUUCUCACGGCACAGUUCUCCCCGCUGAGCCCAACAAUCUGUAG